GAGAGCGGUGUGCCUGACACACAAUACAUUUUCCAGUCUUUACGCUACCUGAGAGGAUGUUUCUCAUGAAUACUUCUCCUUUGGUGGCCCUUCAGAGAAAAUGGGAGCCCUUUCCUCAGCCAAGGAAUUGCAGGUAUCCGGUCUGUUUCUCAGAAUCUGAAGAAGAUCUGGCUAGAACAGCUGUCAAUGCCAAAGUCCAGAUGAUCAUAAACAAUCUGCAAAGUGAAGAAGUCACCUUGGAUGCCAGCAGCAAAUAUGGCUGCAUCGUGCAGAAGAAACAGAAGGCAGCGAAGGACAGAGGACCCAAAUUUAGGAGGAAUGACCUUCUGCUACAGGAACAUAUUAACUAUACCCUUCGUAACUAUCCAACAGACUCUGAUGGGAUGGACAUGGAAGAGAGUGCAGAGUUUGGACCUCUCACCUUGAAUUCUGACAGUGACGAUUCUGUUGAUCGAGAUAUAGAGGAGGCCAUUCAAGAACACCUACGAAACAAGAGCCAGAAUCUUCCCCCACUACCAAAUAACCCCAAGAAUGUGUCUAGUAAGGAUGAAGAUCAGCCAGUCCAACAGAAAUUUCCUUCGCGUGAUGCCGCUUGUCAUUUAUUUCCUGUUGCUUGCGGUCCAGUCAGUUUGGCCCACCCAUAUGUGGUUCCUGGCCAGGUUGAAGAUAAUGUUGUCCAAUGGGCGUCUUCCCCUUGUAGCAUGAGCAGCGACGACUCUUUCGAACAGAGCAUAAAAGCCGAGAUUGAACAAUUCUUAAAGAAAAAGAAACAGCAAGAAAGAAAGAAGAUCACGAGGAGGAAUAAGCCAUUCCAUCAGAAAGAAGAGCUUCAAGAGAAGUUAGCCCUCAGUCAAAAAAGCAGCGCAAACAGAAGGAAUCAAAGUCCCUUAAAGCAAGGAGGCAAGGCGUGCUUCUCAAAACGGCAUCCAGAACUACAAAGCAUCAGCCCAGCUAAAUGCUUGAAGUCGAAAACCAGCGAAGAGACUGCAGCCUGCAAAACAGAAAGACAAACAGACUUCUCAUCUCCGGCAGUUUGUGAUUCCUUCCUCCUGGAAGAAAGCGAAAAAAAUGGGAAAAGGCAGAGACUUUGCAAUGCCGGCCGAGAGGAAAGAGUUGGAUGUACAGAUGUAUCUGAUUCGAGCAGCGAUGAUGGGAUCGAAGAAGCCAUUCAACGUUAUCAGCUUGAGAAGAUUAAGAAAGCUGCGGAGUCCAGAGCAGGCUGCGUUUCUUUGCAGAAGGAAGGGUUCAGCACCAGCAAGGCAGAGAAUAUCCUUCCAAGCCUGACAAGUGCCUUGCCAGAAAUCACUCCGAAAGCUCAGAGCUGCAGGAGGAAGGACGCCAGCACAAAGGCAGCGGCGAUAAAUAGGCCUGGUACACCUUGGAAUCAUCUGAGGAAAAGCAGAAUUUAUUCUCCUCCAGAAAACACUUUUGCCAAAUGCUCAGUCACACUGCAGGCCUCGUGUCGAGCAGACACCGCGGCCGAAUUAAUGUGUGCAGAAGCCAUACUUGAUAUCUCCAAAACUAUUUUGCCUCUUCCAACAGCGAGUGACAAUAAACUAUUCUCAACCAGUCCUUCCUUUCCUUCGCAGAACAUGCUACCUUCCCAGUAUGAAAGCGACAACAAUAUUGUUGACAGUGACGAUAGCAUUGAGCAGGAGAUAAGAGCUUUCUUGGCUGUCAAAGCAAAGACUGAGCGUUUGAUAGCAAAAUCCACUUUCCAAGUGCCUCUUUCAUUGGGACAAUCCAGUGAGCGGACUCAAAGUUCCAAGAGAACGUUCCCCAAAUGCCUAAAACUGCCACUGAAUCACAAAAAGAAAUUUAAGAGGAAACUUGAAAUAAUGCCCCAGAAUGAAGAUGCACAAUUAAUCUUCUCAGAGAUGGACUAUGUGGAUAAGAAUCUUCCAAAAUCCUCUGUGACCCAACUGAAAAAUGAAAGAACUGGAAAGAUGGUUAUAUAUCCAAAAGAUACUCAACCUCCUAUAAAUUCUAUCGGUCUCCCGUGUCCUUUGUCUCACACAUCUCAUAAUUCUAGAAGUCCGCUAGAAAGCAUAACACAAGGUCCGCAGAAACAUGGGGCAGAUGAUAAAAGCAGCUCUUUUGAUAGCGACGAGGAUUUGGACACAGCUAUCAAAGACCUCUUAAGAUCCAAAAGGAAACUAAAGAAAAAAUCCAAAGACCAAAGAAUUCACUGCAAAAACAAAGUCCAAUUGGGAGAUGCUGAAAUGCACGUUUUUUAUAAGAACGAGAGAGACCGCCCAUCCCAAACUCCCACCGUAUUAAAAAAGUGUAUUGUAAGUGCCAGGAGAGACAUUAGAGAGGGGAAUGUAAAGAAAGGGCCCCUGAGAAAACCGAAAACUACCACAGAGUUGAAACCUGAAUGUAAAAAGGAAUACCAGACCAAACCAGUUUCUGGAGCAGAAAUCCAGGAGCCCCCCAAAACUCACCCCUGUCUGUGGGCUGUGACAUCCUUGGCAGACGAGAGCAGUUCCAUAGACAGUGAUGACAGCAUUGAAGAAGAAAUCCAGAGGUUCUUGGCUGAAAAGGCGAAGGCCUCCGCAAGGAUAGGGGGAUUACCAGAUGCCACUGGAGUUGCUGGGACUUUGGGGGCUGACAAGCCCCAGGCCGCUCUGUUGAAAGCAGGGUGGCAACUCCUCAAGCGAGGAAGCCCUGCCUCAGAGAAAGAGUGUCAAAAGGUGGGCAAGGUGGACCUACCAGUCGCUGAGCUGAGCAGCCGCCGGAGAUACACAGGAGAGAGUGAAGGAAAGGCAUCUCCCCCCAGUGAACAAGCCAGAUCAUUAAUGGAAGACGGGGGCAGCCAGGCUUCCGUGGAAAACCCACCAACUGCGGACCCAAAGGGGAUUGAGCUACCCGAAAGAAGAGCUGCAGCCCAAAGAAAGGACAUUUGGGAGGACAGGAUUGAUCAGAGGACCCUGUCCUCCGCGAAGGGCAAAGCAGAGUGUGGUAAAUGGCAAAAUUAUUUUAAGACCACGCCCUCUUUUAAAAGGAAGCGCUCGCCUGGAUUCGAAACGUCGAGCAAAUGUCUAGCAGAUCUCAGAGGUGGUGGGAAUAAGAGGAAAUCUGAGCUUUUAGGCAAAAGACAGGACAUCAACUUUUCUUUGCUCAAGGAGCACGGAAGGACCUUGGCAGCAAAUUUGUUUGGAGGGAGGUCUCUGCCCAAAGAGAUUGUGGGUUCCAAAAGUGAGGCAGGGGUAAGAGAAGCAGACCAGGAUCCCAGGUCCCAGGCAGGAAGUUUGCAUCCUUGCAGUCAGGAAAGGGACGGAAGCGCCCAGGAGAUGACCAUAACCACUGAAGUGGUGAACUUGGUCAAACAUAAUCGUGUGGAAAGCCACGAAGGAGAUGCCAGCCAAAGGCUCCCUUUGCAAGGGUCUGGUGUAGAGGAGACCACAAUUAGCCCAGGGGCAGCCUGUGUUGAAGACACUGUUAGGAAAGGGGGAGUCCUGGAGUACAGCCCCAGUUGUUCAAAGUGUGAGGUUCCCGAAGGCCCUUGCGAUUUAUCCGUGAAAGGAAAGGGGAUCAGCCAAGGUAGGACAGCAGAGGAGCAAGCCCAGAAGCUUCUAGAAGGAGGUUCUGCAGAGGUGGGCCAAUGGGGCCACACAUCUCCUGUCUCCUGAAAACCAAGGACUCCAGCUCUUUAACGCCUUUAUUUUACAGGGUUGGCAUUUUGAAAGGCAACUCAAUCAAAAACUCCAUUCUAACGUAAUACUUCUCACACAAAAUGUAAUAUCUGUGUUGGAAGAGAUAAUAGACAAAGAGUGGUUGAUCCAAGUUCCUGUUGCCUACCCCUGCAUUAAGAGCUCAGGUGGUCCAUUUGUAGAGUGGUUAUGAGAAAUAGAGGCCUCUGGUCACGGAGGUUCAUCUCUGUUAGAGAACUGGGUUAAUGAUGGCAAAGCGACCAAAGUGAUCGUAUUUUAGAGGACCUGAAGCAGAAAGGAGAGGCAGUGAAUUUAAAGGUUCUAUCCAUAAUGCCCACACUUAGAGAAAUACACCUCCAAUUAUACCUAUCCAGCUUUUAUUUUCUUCUUUUGAUAAGAAUGAUUUUUUUUUUUUUUGGUAUGAAAAGGGCAACGCUGGAAGGAAAUCUUUCUAUGACAAUUUAUACAGCAUGCUUAACUGUGGUGACCAUGGGUUUUCAUAGCAGAUGAUUACAGUUCACUGUGUUUUUCAGGUCAUUUUCUAGUAAGCUUUUGAGGUCUGUGGGACUCCAGCCUUCCUGGCCCCAGCUUGCAAAAUUUGGAGAGCCAGGAUUAUUAUGGGAGUUGGUUCAACGAAAGGCCGUCGUCAGGUUGGAUAGAAAAGGAUACUAGAAUUGACAUCUCCUCUUACCCCCUUAAAGCAGUUAUCAGCAGUGGAGAAAAUCUUAUAAAAGAGGCAGAACAGCUAAAACAAAUGGGCCACUUAUAAAAACACAUUUUUUUUAAAAAAAAUGUAUAUGACUG